GUGAGUUUUGGAUGGGUAACUAAGAGAAAAAGAUCUCAUUCUCUCCCUCGCACCCUCAAACCUCUGUAAUCCUCUCUCACUCAAACCCAGCCCGUCUCUGCCGAGCUCCUGUCUCUCAAACACAAGCCCAUUCCCCUCUGUCUCUUUCUACUCUAGCCAGGCCACCUCUCUCUCUCUUUACCUAGGCCUCGUCUCUCUCUUCCUUUGCAACCCCAAGUUCUACCCAUCCAAUCCCGCCUUUGCAACCCCAAGUUCUCCCCAUCCAAUCCCGCACUCGAAGACAACCCCAAGUUCUCCCCAUCCAAUCCCGCACUCGAAGAUACCUCAGGGUUUAAAAAAUAGUGGCAUUUGCGGUCUUGAGAGAAUCCUAUCUCCCCCUCAAGGCUGAGAGAGAGAAAGAGAGAGGGGAGGGAGGGUUAAGUUUGAUUCAGGUGAGGAAUUGAGAAUCUAUGAAUGGCUCAGCCCUUGUAAAACUCCUACUCCAGCGCUGCGCCACCGUAAACCACCUCAAACAAGUCCAUGCCCAUCUCAUUGCCCACGCAAACAAUGAUCUCUUUACACUUGGCCGCCUUCUCAACCUCCUCUGCAACUCUCAAUCUCUCUCCUAUGCUCAGUCCUUUUUCUCUAGCAUCCCUAAACCCAACACCUUCCUCUUCAACACCAUCAUCAGAGCCCACACAACUGGUCCAAACCCCCAGAACUCUAUCUUCUUGUACAUUGACCUCCUCAAAGCUGGCAUCUUGCCUGAUGCUUACACGUUUCCCUUCGUUCUCAAAGCUUGUGCUCGGUUUCAGGCCUUACAAGAAGGUAGAACACUUCAUUGCCACGCGCUCAAAUUUGGGUUUGAUUCAUAUUUAUAUGUGGGCAAUGCUUUGAUCCACAUGUAUUCAUUUAGUGACUGUCUUAUCGGUGCACGACAAAUGUUUGACGAAAUGGCUCUUAGAGAUUUGGUUUCUUGGAAUUCAAUGAUUAACGGAUAUGCCAAGUGUGGGGAUCUUGAGGAAGCGAGGCGCUUGUUUGAUUUGAUGGGGGAGAAGAAUUUGAUCACUUGGAGCGCGAUGAUAUCGGGUUAUGUCCAAAUGGGUCAGUUUAAAGAGGGAUUAGAUGUGUUUUAUGGUUCACAAGCUUGUGGGGUUAAGCCACAUGAAUCAAUAUUAGUCAGCGUGCUUGCGGCUUGUGCUCAUGUUGGCGGGAUAGAGCAAGGGAAAUGGGUGCAUGCUUAUGUGAAAGCUAAUGGCAUGCACAUGAGUGUCAUCAUGGGUACGGCUCUCAUGGACAUGUACGCGAAAUGUGGGUGCUUAAACCUGGCUUUAGAUGUGUUUCAUAGCAUGCAUGAGAAGAAUCUAAUGGCAUGGACAACUAUGAUCAAGGGGAUGGCCAUGCAUGGCCAUGGCACUGAGGCACUAGAGCUCUUCACUCAAAUGGAGGAGGAGGGUGUGACCCCAGAUGAUAUAACUUUCAUCGGGGUUUUGUGUGCUUGCACCCAUGCUGGGUUAGUAGACAAGGGGCUUCAUUAUUUUAAGUCUAUUAGUGAAGUUUAUGGAAUUUCCCCUAAAAUUGAGCAUUAUGGGUGCCUAGUUGAUUUACUAGCUAGAGGUGGGCGGCUACAAAAGGCGUUAUGUGUUAUUAAGGACAUGCCUAUGGAGCCUGAUGCUCGAAUAUGGGGGCCUCUGUUAGCAGGUUGUCGAUUUAAUGGAGAGGUUGAGUUAGCUGAGCUUGUUGCUAAUCACCUCAUUGAGCUAGAGCCCAAUGAUAGUGGGGUUUAUGUCCUCUUAGGUAAUAUAUAUGCAGCUUCAGGUAGGCAUGAAGAUGCUAAGAAAUUAAGGAUUUUGAUGAGUUCUAAAGGGGUGGUGAAGAACCCUGGUUGUAGUUUAUUUGAGUUAGAGGGCACUACACAUCAGUUUAUAGUGGGAGACACAUCACAUCCUCAAAUGAGAGAGAUACAAGAAAAGUGGGAAGAGAUUGAGAGGGUCAUCAGGGUGGAAGGUUAUGUGCCUAAUAGGACCCAAGUUUUGCUUGAUGUUGAGGAGGAGGAAAAGGAGGAGGCGCUAUCUUGGCAUAGUGAGAAGAUGGCUAUUGCAUUUGGGUUGAUGAGAACCAAGGGUGACCAUGUUAUACGUAUAGUGAAAAAUCUUAGGGUUUGCAGUGAUUGUCAUCAUGUGACAAAAUUGAUCUCGAAAGUUUAUGGUCGGCAGAUUGUUGUGAGAGAUCGCACUCGCUUCCAUCAUUUUAAAGAGGGACAAUGCAGUUGCAAUGAUUAUUGGUGAAGGGAAGGGUUGUUUGGGCAGGAUUUUGCUUUAUGGCUUAUGCCUUUUUAAGUAAUAUAACACUAUUUAGUAUUUAGUUAUGGAUGCAGUUUUUAUAAGCCUAGGCUUUUUGAAAACAAAGUAAAUCCUUACCUUGAAUCCUUAUUCAGAAAGCUAUUUGGGCAUUGGGAAAUCUUCAUGAUGGCUCUAAAAUCAAUUUCAUGCCGAUUAUGAAAUUUGAAGCUCAAAAAAUGGUAUAUAUCUUGUGGAUCUUCAAACACUUACCUAGCUCAUCUCUAUGCAAGCCCAUUCCCCUCUCUCUCUCUCUCUCUCUCUCUCUACUCUACCUAAUCCACCUCUAUCUCUGUACUAGAUCCCCUUCUCUCUCUCUCUCUCUUUACCUAUGCCCCUUCUCUCUCUUUCUUUACCUAGGACUCUUCAUUUUCCUUUAGUAAUUUCAAUUUAAUCUCAUGAGCUAUGGUUUUUUUUAUGGUUCAUAAUAUAAAAAAUUAUGAUCUGAUUUUUUUGAUAGUAUUAGAAAAUGAAGAUUAUUUUGGAAGAAUGAUAGGUGAGCCCUGAAUGAUUCUCAAGUUCAUUUUAGGAGAAUGAGUUGAUUUCUAUUGAAAAACACAAAUGGAUCGUAUUCUUUGUUAAUUGUUAGCUGAUGCUUUUUAGAUAUUUAUGAAUAGUGAGCUCUUUGUGAAUUGAUUCUCAUUGAAAUUGAAAAGAGUUUUUUGAUUGAUUCUUGUGAAUGAAAUGUACGACUUGCUAUGUAAUUUUUUGGAUAUUGAAGCUUUGUUACCUAUCACGUGCUUGUGGAUAUCGCCAAGUGAUCUUUCAGUGCUUAUUGCUUCAUUUGUUGGUAUUUUUUAUUUGGUCUUAUCUUGUUCGUAUUA